CACUGUCUGAGCGUGUGACACGGACAGAUUCUAUCAUUGGCUCUCAAGAGGCUAUGAAAUAAUUAUCUGAUGAAAAAUAUGCAGAACUAUGGAAAGGAACAGGACAGUAGGAACAGCUGAGCUGCUGUUGCAGAGAGCCAGAACGGAUCCAAUGGGCUCAACGACCGGUCUCUGUGCAAUCAUGAUUCCAAAAUACAUUUGCCUGGACUGAUGUGGAAUUCAGUGCCUGGGGAAUCAAUUUGAUUCCAGCCGGUUGGACAGGAACAAGGCGGACGCUUGGACCCUGUGUGGAGAAAGGAGGGAGACGAGAGACACAUACACACAUUGGGCGCAAGGAGCCUCUCAUUCACUCAGCUCCACCAGCCAUCAAGACAGUAACAGACUUAACAUGAGGGCGUCUGCACGUCCGUUUUACUCUGAGCUGUACUUGUAGAAGGAAGGAGAUUGGGAACAAAACAGAAGAGGGGUGUACACAAAUAAAAGCAGGGGAACUAAAAGCAGUAGAUUGUUCAAGGCUUGCAGAAGUAGGGAGAGCCGAGGACGAGAAAACUUAACAGAAUUGUUGAAGCUGAUGGAAGCACAAGGAUUAUCGGGAUUGCAAAGAUGUUUGUUUUGACAGCUGAUCUGAAGGGUUGUUCCCUUGCCUAAAGAGAAAGAGAGAGAGAGGUUUAUAUACAAGAGGUUUUCCUGCCAAAACAUUUUGAGACUUCAGUGCUGUGUCUCUGGAUAAAGCUGGAUGCAAGACGGGAGCAGCUUGAACAAUAACCCUGACCCCUGGUCAGUAGCAGGACUUUUCCACUCGGCUUCAGCUUGCGAGAUGAACUCGGGCAGUGCCAAAGAUUAUCUUUCCAGAAGGGAGAUACCUCAACUGUUCGAGAGCAUGUUGACGGGGCUGAUGUACCAUCGGCCUGAUGACCCAAUUGAGUACCUCGAGGGAUGUCUGCAGAGAGUCCGAGAGCUGGGAGGACCAGAGAAAGUGAAGUGGGACACGUUUAUUAGCCAGGAGCAUCAGCUGCUGCCCCCCAUUAACAGUGGGCAAGGGAAGAAGCCAAUAUUCCGAUCAGAACCAAGCGUUGCUCCUUAUCGUCGCUAUGACCGCCUGCCUCCAAUCCAAGCUCAGUUUUCAAUUGAAAGUGACUCUGAUAUGACGGAAUCAUCUGGGCUAAUUCAAGAAUAUGAUGUGUUUGACCGAACCAAGGCCAGGCCAUGCAUUAUUUUUGUCAUUGGUGGUCCUGGGAGUGGGAAGGGAACACAGACUGCCAAGAUGGCUGGACGGUAUGGAUUUGAAUCCGUUUCGGUGGGAGAGAUCUUACGUCGACAGAUGCUGCACCAUGCGCCAAGCGACCGCAAGUGGGAGCUCAUCGCACAGAUCAUUGCCAAUGGCGAGUUGGCACCUCCAGAAACAGCUAUUGAGGAGCUGAAGCAUCAGUUUAUGAAGCACCAGGGUGCAAAAGGUUUCAUCGUGGAUGGGUUUCCCAAGGAGAUCAGCCAGGCGUUUACAUUUGAGGAGCAGAUUGGUUCCCCUGACCUGGUGCUGCUGCUAGCCUGUUCCAACCACCGGUUACGCCAGCGCCUGGAAAAGCGAGCCGUGGAACAGGGCCGGCCAGACGACAACAGCCACGCCAUCGAGCGCAGGGUGGAAACCUUCAAACAGAACAUCAACCUGAUUGUGAAGUAUUACCAGGAGAAGGAGCUCAUUGUUCGGUUGGACGCAGACCGUGAAGAGGAUGAAAUAUUCAGUGACAUUGACGCUGUGGUCUCGAAGAGACUGUUCCCAGCAGGAAGAGACGUGCUGACUGGGAAGGAGAUGCAACAGGCCUGUGACAGGAACACGAGAGAAGGGGACAGGCCGGAUGUUCAGACGGAAGAUUCAUCACCCGCAGAGGACAUUGCAAUGGCAGACAAACUGAAAGAUAGCAAGAUUAUCUUUGUUGUCGGUGGCCCAGGAUCCGGCAAGGGAACUCAGUGUGAGAAGGUUGUACAUAAAUAUGGCUACACUCACCUAUCCACCGGUGACCUGCUGAGGGCUGAAGUCAGUUCUGGCUCGGAGAGAGGGAAGCAUUUCCAGAACAUUAUGGAGGCAGGAGGACUCGUGCCUCUGGAAACUAUCCUGGAAAUGCUGAAGGAUGCUAUGAUUGCUAAGGCCGAUGUCUCAAAGGGCUUCCUGAUUGACGGCUACCCUCGGGAAGUGAAGCAAGGGGAAGAAUUUGAGAAGCGGAUCAAGCCUCCCACUCUGCUCUUGUACAUCGAUGCUGGCAAAGAGACAAUGAUCAAACGGCUCCUGGGGCGAGGAUUGACUAGUGGGCGGUCUGAUGACAAUGAAGAAACCAUUGCGAAACGCCUGGACACCUAUUACCAAGCAACUGAGCCCGUCAUCAACUACUAUCAGCCCAAGGGCAUCAUUAGGAAGAUAAAUGCAGAGGGUACAGUGGACGAGGUCUUUGCUCAAGUUUGUGCUGCUCUCGAUGCGUUGAAGUGAACGGGGCACAGAAGUGUCUUAUCAAUGCCCCUCCUCUCCCUUUGCCCUCUUGAGAAGCCUUUAUCCUCCUGGGCUCACUUCCAGCCAAAUCAUGGACAUCGUUAUAAAGAAAGCCGCUUCAUUGGUUAAACUGGGAAUCCAAAGGCUUCACAUCUCAAAAUUUGAUUGGGUCCAUCUUUGCAUAUUGUGGUGGCAUUGCAAGUGAGCGAGCGACACCGAAUGAGCCAUAAAUUUUACGUCUUCAAUCAUGGACCAGUGAACACCAUCCCCCACUGAACACAACAGGAUUCAGCGCCACUGAAGAUCAGCAUGACCCCCCUCUGUGACAGGCAAUGGCUGGACCCCAGCUUUCAUCGCUCUGCACCCCAAGCACCUUCUUAAAACCAGGAGGGAAAUGGCCUCAGACAUGCCAUUGGUCUUUUCCUGAUCUCAAUAGAUUAUCUGUCAAGAAGAAUCAAUCACUGUCAAGUACUGAAACUCACAGCAAGACAUUAUUUUUCGCUGGAGAUUGCAAUCACUUCUGACUUACUUUCUGUAUUUGACAGUCUUCUGCCAUUUUACAGAGCUUCUGAUUUCCCAGUCAGGUUCAGGCUAGUAAUUUAGUCUAAAACUGUCAAACAUGUCACAGAGAGUGUUAAACUGCCCUAUUUUGUGUGAAAGAUUGUUCCACUUGAACAACAUGUCAGUUUUUGCCCUGUUCUCUGGAGCGGGCAGCUGGGAUUGAAUCUUUUUCAGUGCUUAUCAGUUUUUUUUUGAAAGGGGUUGGGGGUGGGGGGUGAGGACAUGGAGGGUUUCCAGUUUGAGGACAAUGGCAUUGAAUUUAACCCAAAUUGUACAAUGUUACAUGUACCCAAGCAUCUGAAAUAGUCAUUAUUGCAUACCUAAUUCAAGCUCCCAACAACAUUUUAGCUGCUGUUAUACAGCUUGUCUUACUGUCAUCCCUUCUCCUGCUUCCAUUAUUUUAAAAUUGUUUUUGCUUGUUAAAUGUAUCAGUAUCCUUUUCUUUUAAUGAGCUUCAGCGAUCAUUUAUAAGAUAGUUCACUUCCCACUGUGCUCUUCCCAUUUUGUUUAAAUGUGCCCCCCACCAUCCCCUCCAACCACCACCUCCCCAACAAAAGGAAAAAAACUGGCUUCUCGUUGGAAGCAUCAUCCAGCCAAUCCAAGUACCUAACCUGAAGAUUGACAUUAGAUCAGACCAGUCAUUGGUGUGACUUUGCUGAAGGAGCCUGUCCCAUAGGCCAGAACCAGCCAGACAAAUCGGAAACUGCAGGAGACCAUUCAGCCCGUCAUGCCUGUUCUGCCAUUCAAUGCGAUCUUGGUUGGUUUGUAUCUAAUCACUAUCCACCCACCUUGGCUGCAUGUCCUUCUGCCCUUGUGAUUUGUUUGAGAAGUUGAAAACAGUCAAUUAUCAAGCAAAGUACUGUAUUCACUGAGAAACCAAACUUUUGAGCUCGAGUCAAAGGUUGCUUCUCCAGCUCUUGCUGAGAUAGUAACUGCAGUUCCUGAUGACGGGCUUAUGCCCAUAACGUUGAUUUUCCUGCUCCUCGGAUGCUGCCUGACCUGCUGUGCUUUUCCAGCACCACACACUCGACUCUAAUCCUCCAGUAUCUGCAGUCUCCUAGUAACUGAAAUUAAACUUAUGGAUCAGGAGUAGCCCAUCGAGCCUGCUCUGUCAUUCAAUAAGACCACGGCUGAUUUGAUUUCUGCCUCAGAUCCCCGUUCACGAAAACCUUGGAGCAUCUUCAACACAACAGAUGUUGGAAGCAGAUGGGAAUGUGAAGUUCGGCAUUCUGUAAAUGGCUGCCUUUUUAUUCCCUGACCUGGGUGGGCCCGUAUUUAUAUAUUCCAUUUCAUAUUCUUUGGAACCAUUUUCUUCCGAUUAAAAUUUAACUCAAAGGAGACACUGACCUAAUUUUCCAUUUAAAAGAAAUCAGUAACUUACAGCAUAUACAAUCUUUCUGUAAAAUUCUGGAACUGGCUAGUAUCAAUCAGUUACAACAUAUCUGUGUAUUGUAUUCUUGGAAUAAAUUUUAAGCAACCUGACAGAUACUUCUUUUUUGAGACAAAGAUAUGAGUGCAGUCCUUUUAAUGGCUCUGUAUCACCGUCCGUGUAAAAGAUCAAAGCAACAAACUAUUUGUAGAUGAAAUGUAUCUUUCUCUCCAUGUAAAGUCUUACUGAGGACAAUCCGUAUCCUGCAAUUGCUAAAUAACAUUUAAUUCUUUCUAUUUUCAUUUUGUAAACCAAACGCCAUAAUCUUUAAAGCCUUGUCCAGUGUUUAGAUGGACAAAGCAGUUUGGGGGAAGAGUUGGUUGGGGGACAGUGGGGAAGCCACAGUGUCAUUGAGUGAAACAGAAUUCAGAACAAUCAUCUUCUAAAGAAUCACACUGUGGAUUAUUGGUAAAAAGAACAUUAUCCUGCACUUGUAUGAAUUUUCUUCAUUCAACUGUUAAUGAUUAAUGCCUUUGUUAUAACAGUAAAGAAUUUCAAACAGUCCUUUUGAUAUGUUCAUCACCAAUAUCACACAUUGUGAGUUCAAAGCAUUAGUAAUUUGUGAAAGUAUUCAAACCAGUUGUAGAUGUGCAACGUUUUUUGUCUUCCCAUGUUGUCAGCCAGACCAGUAAUUAUUUUUCUUAAUACUGUUUCAAAGCCAAACAUAUACCAGUAUUUAUUGGAGCUUCAUCAUUGGACUGGAGGAGGUGAUGAAUGUAAAUUUAAUAAAACAGAACUGACCUCGC